UUUAAUAGUCUUUUGUUAAGACGGGAGUGUUGUUCAUUUAGCAAUGGGGAAUACGUGAAAGCAGGAUUGGCUGAAUUGGAGCACUGGUGUUACAAUGCAACAGAUGAAUAUGCGGGUUCUUCUUGGGAUGAGCUGAAGCAUAUCAGACAGGCCAUCGGGUUUCUGGUCAUACACCAAAAACCUAAAAAAACCUUGGACGAGAUAAGUCAUGAGCUGUGUCCGGUGCUCAGCAUUCAACAACUAUACCGAAUUAGUACAAUGUAUUGGGACGACAAGUACGGAACUCACAGUGUAUCGCCAGACGUGAUAGCAAAUAUGAGGGUACUAAUGACAGAAGAUUCAAACAAUGCUGUUAGCAACUCUUUUCUAUUGGAUGACGAUUCUAGCAUUCCUUUCUCGGUUGAUGAUCUGUCGAAAUCGAUGGAGCGGAUAGAGAUUGGAGAUGUAGAACCACCGCCUCUCAUCCGAGAGAAUUCUGGUUUUAGCUUUCUAUUGCCAUGUUCUGACUAAUAAAAGAUAAAUUGGUUCAAUAAGUUUACACCACCACUGUGUAGUUGUGAUAAUCCUUCUCUUUUGAAUAGAGGUGUCAAUAAGUUAAACUUUGAUUAUAUAUUAAGAAUUCAAACUUUUUGAAGCA